GGGAAGAGUAUCAUGUACGCUCGUACCAAAUCAUGAUUGAGCGGACGACAAGAGUGGCGAGCAGGUCGUCCAAACAUUACAUCAUGUUUUAAUGUGGGCAGACGUAAAUUAUUUUUAAUUUCUUGCAGGAACAUUACUAUUCAUCAUGGACUCACGGAUUCUUGGGUGGGUCCAACAAAAAUAUUCAGCUCCAACGUAAAAAGAGCUUUAACGCAAAUUAGACUGACAUUGUCGCCACAUGCACUCAGGGACUCAGGAGAGAAUCAAUCAAUCCUGAAAAGUUAGGCAAAAAAAGGAAAAAUAAGACAGAAUUCCCAUUUCAAAUCCAAUUCCUCUCUGCCCUGCUCUGCAUUUCAGUUUCCCCCUUCUCCAGUACAUUGGUUUCUCCGGCUUCCCUCUUCUGCAUUGGAAGUAACGGAGGGCUUUUCUGGGGUUUUACUGGAUUUUCAUUUUGCUGCAUUUCCCGGUUUCUCGUUGAGGUACUUUGAGAAAAAGUUUUGAUUUUUGAGCCCAGAUACCCCUAGAUCAAGAGGGUCUUGGUUGACCCUUUUCUGUUUAGUAUUUACUCGGAAUGUUUGAGUGGUCAACACAUCAGAGGUCUUUAACUUCUAUGAUUGAUCACAUUGUCUGCUUAUUCUAGAGAAUUGAAUUUCCGACCUACGCAGAAUUCGAUUUGCUAAGUUGGUUAAGUAUGAGUGAACCGAAACCAAAUAGUACCCCUUUGAUUACGCCUGCGACUUCUCGAAAGCUUCCUGAUUUUAAACAAUCUGUUAAGCUGAAAUAUGUGAAGCUUGGGUACCAUUAUCUCACCACCCAUGGAAUGUUCUUGUUUUUAUCUCCUCUAGUUGUGGUUGUAGCAGCUCAGCUGUCUACAUUGUCGCUCCCGGACCUGUAUGCUCUUUGGGAGCAUCUCAAGUUCAAUCUCAUUUCUGUUAUUGUCUGUUCAACUCUCUUGGUGUUCCUCUCAACUGUCUAUUUCCUUACCCGCCCUCGUGGUGUUUAUCUUGUCAACUUCUCGUGCUAUAAGCCUGAGGAUGCUCGGAAAUGUACUAGACAGAUGUUCAUGGAAAGGUCUCAGAUGACAGGCACAUUUACACAGGAAAAUCUUGAGUUCCAAAGGAAAAUUCUAGAGAGGUCAGGUCUAGGAGAGUCAACUUAUCUCCCUGAGGCUGUCUUGAGAGUUCCCCCAAAUCCGUGUAUGGCGGAAGCUCGAAAAGAGGCUGAAACAGUUAUGUUUGGUGCGAUUGAUCAACUUCUUGCUAAAACUUCUUUGAAUCCCAAAGACAUUGGUAUCCUAAUUGUGAAUUGUAGUUUGUUUAAUCCGACUCCAUCUUUGUCUGCAAUGGUUGUUAACCACUACAAGCUUAGAGGGAACAUAAUUAGUUAUAAUCUAGGUGGCAUGGGGUGUAGCGCUGGUUUAAUCUCAAUUGAUCUUGCUAAAGAUCUUCUUCAAGUCCACCCCAACACUUAUGCUCUUGUCAUCAGCAUGGAGAACAUUACUUUGAAUUGGUAUUUUGGAAAUGAAAGAUCGAUGCUUGUCUCAAACUGCUUAUUCCGAAUGGGAGGUGCUGCAAUUUUGCUUUCCAAUAAAAGAUCUGAUCGAAGAAGAUCAAAGUAUCAAUUGGUGCAUACUGUCAGAACCCACAAAGGUUCUGAUGAUAAAUGCUUUUCCUGUGUUACCCAAAUGGAGGAUCCCAAUGGGAAAAUUGGCGUUUCCUUGUCCAAGGAUUUGAUGGCUGUAGCUGGUGAUGCUCUGAAAACCAACAUAACGACUUUGGGUCCUCUGGUGCUGCCCAUGUCUGAACAGUUGCUCUUCUUUGCCACACUGGUUGGGAAAAAGUUUCUGAAGAUGAAGAUAAAACCUUAUAUCCCUGAUUUUAGGUUGGCUUUCGAGCAUUUCUGCAUUCAUGCUGGUGGAAGAGCUGUACUAGAUGAACUAGAGAAGAAUCUCCAGCUAUCAGAUUGGCACAUGGAGCCCUCCAGGAUGACACUCUACCGAUUUGGCAAUACCUCAAGUAGCUCCCUUUGGUAUGAGCUUUCAUACUCAGAAGCCAAGGGGAGAAUUAAGAAGGGAGACAGAACAUGGCAGAUUGCAUUUGGCUCUGGCUUCAAGUGUAAUAGUGCAGUUUGGAAGGCUUUAAGGACCAUCAACCCUGCUAAGGAGCAGAACCCUUGGAUGGAUGAGAUCAAUAUGUUUCCAGUGGAAGUUCCAAAGAUUGCAUCACUUAAAUGAAGGGACCAUUCCAUUACCUAUCAACUGUUAGCUGAGCAUGUGAAAUUUUUCUUAGUGACAAACGCAUGAUUUUGUGGGGUGAAAAUGUUGCUGCAUAGAAUUGAUUUAGAUUAUCUUGACUUGUUUGCCUUGAUUUCCCUUUUGGUGCUGUAGGAUGGUCGUCAUGAUUUGUGAGAAGCCACUGUACUUUGUAGCUUAGAUGGAGAUCGUCUAAUUUUAGUUCAAGAGUUGAAUAACAUUUGCGAGUUUUAGCUUUUGCUCAACUAUGCUAGUACCAGUUUUGGCUCAAGGGUCCAGUGCAUCUACAGUUUAGUUUACUUAAUUCCUUCUAAAAGAGAGAGAUUGAUGGUGCCUCUCUUAGUUUCAUGUCAGUUUCCUUCUGUUGUCGAGCAAGAUUAUUCUGCUGAUGGACUAUGCAUAUAGACAUGUGUCGUACAUACCAGUUGUUUCUUAACUAAAAUACCUUAGGAGGGAAACGGCUCGUAUGGAAUGAAAUCUUUUCCUUAGGUUGUGUUGGUAUCUGGUCAUUGAAGUAUUUUUCUUUCCAGUUGUUUCUGAAAACACGUCUACGCACAUUUGUUGAUCCUUUAUAUUUCUAGAAUUGGUGAUGUCUAGGGUAGCAACACUUGUUUGUGAGGGCAUGGAUUUCGGCAUAGAUCUUCUAUGGUAAUAGUUAAGGAUGAAUAAACUGAAGAAUUCAUUUCCUUCUCACAUUUUCAUGGAUCUUUUGAGGCAACAAGAUUGAGUUAGCGCGCUGCAGCGGAGGGCUGUUCAAGACCAACUACUUGAACCUCAAAAAGCCAGGUGUUGAGGAUGAAAGUGCAGAACUUAUAUCCUAUUUUCAAUUCUCUCAUGUAUUAUGAUGGGAUGAAGAGACGAAUAACAUAUUACAAAUUCCAAUCGUGAGACUGAUUUAAAUAUCUUCUUCGUGUGGAUUACUUUUACUAAAAUAAUUUACUCC